AGCGGCUGAGCCCAUCGCUGAAUCUCCACUGUGACUUGUGAAAGUCCAGUCCUGUGUUGCUAGACUUAGUGAAUGGGAGCAUUAGCUUUAUUUUAUUUUUUUUAUUUGAUAAAUCCUGUGUGUGAGCCAAGGAGGAAGUGUCAGGCAACUGGAUACUGACAAGUCUCAGCCUUCUCCCUGAUGCCUACCCCCAGGUCCACCAUGCAUUUCCUGCUAGCUCAGUAGAGGGAUCAUUCUGCAUUCUGCAUCAUUCUUGAUAAAGAGAGACCACUGCCUGUAACAGAGAGGAGGUAUUAGACAGUCCUAGCAGUAUAAAGACUUCAGUGGACUAAACAGGACUUACAUGUAAGGCUCCUUAAGCCUGCACUUAACAAGUGACUUGCUGACACUAUUUCCCCCUAGCCUCAUUACUCUUGUAGCAUGUUGGACACACAGUGGAAUUGAAUUGCUUUGCAAGCUACAGAGGACUUCUCCCCUAUCCGGCCUUGCUUUGUAAUCUCAGCACGUUUUGCAUCUCCCUUGGAUAAUUCUUGUUGGAAGUCUGCUCUGCUAUACACCAUCAUCGAUGAACUAUAUGAAAGACCCUUUGCAUUUGGAUCAUUUGACCGGGAGUAAACGGGUUACGGCUCCUUCCCACCAUCAUCACCACCAUCACACUCACCAGUCGGUGGCUCUUGUUUCAAUGGCAUCUACCUUGGGGCAGCAGCGCUCAGGGGAGUGUAAGCAGAGACUGGAGGUUCAUACUAUCUCAGACACCUCCAGCCCUGAGGCCACAGAUAAAGACAAGAAUCACACAAGUAAAAACGAGGACAGCAGCGCAGAUGACCCCUCCAAAAAGAAGAGGCAGCGCAGACAAAGGACACAUUUUACCAGCCAACAAUUGCAGGAGUUAGAGGCCACUUUUCAGAGAAACCGCUACCCAGAUAUGUCCACCAGGGAGGAAAUAGCUGUGUGGACCAACCUCACGGAGGCAAGAGUCAGGGUGUGGUUCAAGAACCGCAGAGCCAAGUGGAGGAAGAGAGAGAGGAACCAGCAGGCAGAGCUGUGUAAGAAUGGCUUUGGCCCUCAGUUUAAUGGGCUCAUGCAGCCCUAUGAUGACAUGUACCCAGGCUACUCCUACAACAACUGGGCAGCCAAGGGCCUGACCUCAGCGUCCCUGUCUACCAAGAGCUUCCCUUUCUUCAACUCCAUGAAUGUUAACCCACUGUCCUCACAAAGCAUGUUUUCCUCACCCAACUCCAUCUCUUCCAUGAGCAUGUCUUCCAGCAUGGUGCCCUCUGCAGUCACUGGAGUGCCAGGCUCCAGCCUCAACAGCUUAAAUAACCUCAACAACUUGAGCAACCCCUCUCUGAAUUCAGCCGUGCCAACUUCAGCUUGCCCUUACGCCCCUCCAACACCGCCCUAUGUCUACAGGGACACAUGUAACUCCAGCCUGGCAAGCCUUAGACUUAAAGCAAAACAGCACUCUAGUUUUGGAUAUGCCACUGUUCAAAAUCCAGGAUCCAAUUUAAGUGCGUGCCAGUAUGCCGUGGACAGACCCGUGUGAUAUAAAUACGUAUCAUAUAUAAAUAUAUAAAUAUAAAUACAUGCAUAUACAUACUAUAUGGGAAACUCCUUCUCCUGAGACUGAAACAUUGAAUAAAGAAUUGUCUGGGCACUAAAUAUGAGAGGGAAAGUCUGAACCUCAAAAAUCAGAUGGAUCUUUUGUUUUCAAAGGAGUCCAUGCAGAGAUAUCUUUGAAAGUAUUACCAACAGACACAGGACAUUGAAAAAAAAAAUUAUAUAUAUGGACACAUAUUUGACUGGAUGUUACUACAAGCUUGUUAAAUUUUUUUUUUAUGUUUAGCAAUGUUAAAAAAGGACUGAAAGGAUGUAUAUAUUGAAAUGUCAAAUUAAUUUUAUAAAAACAGUUGAUAGUACACUUUACAGUGUUAAAACGCAUUAGGCUUUACCAUAAAGCAUGUAAUGAAAGCGAAUGGGCCUGUCCUUUUCGUUUGCAAGCAUUGGGAAUGUAUAUAAAUAAAAUUCAACACUGUAUUUCUGGUCUAUUAGACACAUUGUGACUUCAGUUUAGAAUAGAAUCUCUGGUGAAUACUUUUUUUUCCCCCACAAAACAAAAACAAUGUAAAAAGUUACCAUGUACAACAACAAUCUUUGACAGUGUUUUCAGCCAUAAAUUGUGUGUUAGUUGCUGGGUAUGAAUUUAGUAAAUAUCAAUGUACUUGGUCAACUGAUAUGAACACAGGGGGGAGUUUGCACACAACUCCUGAAGGAUCUCCAAAAUUGUAUGAGCACAACGCACCCACCCUUUAUCUAAGCAGCCCUUGGACAGUCCGUUGCAUCUACAAGUGUAGUUAUUUAUUUGUUUGGUUUCCAUAAUCUGGUUGAUAUAUAACCGAUCGAUCUGGUUUUAGAUUGAACUCUAAUGUAUUGUUUUAAAAUUAUUUGGCAAAGAAAAAAAAAAAUAUUGAUGAUGAUGAUGAUGCCGCUUCAACAAUAAAUGUAUCUCUUUCGGGAAAACAAAGCCAGUAGUCUCUUAAUUGAAUGAAAAUCGCACGUAUUCUUGA